AGAAGACCUCCCAGCAUGCAACUCGGCGCGCAAACUUCAAGCUGAAAAAAAAAGGAAAAUAGUUUUUGUUUUCAAUUCAGCGUAGAAAUGUAAACUUUUGUCAUUUUCACAAACUUUAGAGAUUUCCUGGAACUGUUGGCAGUCUGGUUCCUUGGCUGCAGGAUGAGCAGUCCAGGAGAUGACAGCGGUCCCAUGAGAUCAGUUGAUCUCUUUGAAGAUCUGUUGAGGCAGCUGAAGGAAUUCCACCAAAACACAUUACAUGAUCUUGAGGCCAAAGUGAGCAAGCUGAAGAAGGAUCGCUGUCUAGACGCUCAGCGGCUGGAGUUGUUUUAUAAUCGCAACCAGCAGCUGAAGGAGCAAAACAAAAGCCUCCAGGAAACGAUCAGUCUGCUGGAAGAACGGCUUCGUUCAGGGGAGUGUGAUCGUUGCUCCGUCUUGGAGGAGAAGCUGAGAAGAAGUCAGGAUCAGAACCUGGAUGUAAUCUCCAAACUAAAGAAUGAGAACAACCGCCUGGAGGAUGAAAACCAAAAGCUUCAAGCUGAACUGGAGAAGAUGAAAACCUCUCACUGCUGUCGUUGUAUCAGAGCCGACUCCAAGGAGCCGUCGCUGCCAGAUCAGGAGGACGAUGUCAUCCCAGGCUCGCCCAUCUUACCCAGCUCGCUGCCCGUGGCAAACAAGCUGAGGAAACGUAAACAACUGGACAAGAGCAAACACGUUCGUUAUGCAGAGACGCCUCUGGAGCAGAACAGCUCCAUCUUUAAUGAGUUGAAGAAAGAGCCUGAUGGAGGAGCAAAGAAUGCUGGGAGAGGAGACGUGCUUGUACCUAACACCUGUGAAUUGGACCCAUCUCAGAGCUCAAAUAAUGAGGAAGAGGCAAACAUGGUGGUUGCAGAAACCUGCUGCCUGGAGCUCAUUGGCGAUCGCCACCUGGAAAUGGGUUUGGCCCCAAAUCAUCAAAGCAACAGAAAAAGUAGCUGGAAGCAGAACAUUGGUUUAAGACCUUCGUCCUUUUCAUCCACGCGGAUCCAUGGGGCAGACUUGAACACAGAGAGGUCGCCGUCUCUUCUCCAGAGUGUUGAGCGAUUUUCAGAAGAAGGCUGCGUUCAGCAGGCCAAACGGAAGAAGGAGGAAAGGGAUCCAGAGGUGCGGCGAGGUGGCGGCGGCGAUGUGGCCGUUAAAGUGGACAAUCAAGUGGAAGGAAAACAGUCAGAACCUGAAACCAUGAGCCGGCCCUCCACAUCAGUCUCUAAUCUCAGCUUCAAAAUGGAGCAGCCGGAAAACAAGGCAACAACAGCGACGCAAAGUGAAACUACGAUCCGAAAGCUGAAUGCUUCUUGGUCAAGUCCUGCUUUCAAGAAGCCACUCAAUAAAGCUAAAGAUGAAGCAGACGGGAGGAGAAGGAGGACAACCCUGCAUGGAGGAGACGUCAAUAGAAACCACACAGUGGAGCCUACAUGGAGCGUUGAUCCUGCUCUCGCCUUGUCCGUGUAUGAGAGCGAGCAAAGGGAGGAUGAGGUAGGUGAAGAAGAGCAGCGACCAGGAGAGAUGGCAGACACCGACUGCACCUUUGUCAGUCACAGCAUGCUGCAGCGCCGGGGAGAGGACAGCCCGGACCGGGAGGACAUGAAGUCCGGACUUGGGGAAAAGGCCAAUGACAGCCUGGACAUGAUGUUUGAUGCAACAACUUUAGGGGAGUACAAGUCUUACAACUGUUCAAAUUUGGAUCAGAGUCUGGAUUGUGAUGAUGAUGAUGAGGAGGAAGAAGAAGCAAAGGAGGACAUUAAAAAUCAAGAUCCUGAAAGUGCUGCGUUCCCCGGCAAGGCUGGGCAGCCGACCUUUGCACACGUGGCCGUCGUUCGCAAGAAAGACGAGCGGAGGAAACUGAAGGGCACCACGUGCAAGGAAUGUGAAGUGUACUACGCCCAUCUGCCAGAGGAGGAGAAACAAAAGAAGCUGUCCGCUUGCUCGAGGCAUCGAUAUCUGUACAUCCCUCCCAAUACCCCUGAAAACUUCUGGGAAGUCGGAUUCCCGUCGACCCAGACCUGCAUUGAAAGAGGUUACAUCAAGGAGGAGAAGAGCCCUCAGGGACGUUCACGAAGAAGGCAGCCCUUUAACGCUUUAUUCUCCCCAAAGCGAAGCCAGAAGCAGAGCUAAUUCAUUACUACAGAUUCGUUUAGAUAAGCUGCGCAGAGCGCAGAUAUGUUGCUGCCAUUACGGCUCAGGAAACAUUGAGACACACUUUAACACAACCAAAUGGCGUGAUUUUCUUUUAUCACGGUGGGUGUAAGACUGUAAAGACUUUGUGGUACUUGUAGAUGAUGUAAAUAAAAUGAAGAGGUUUAA